UCCUACCUUGUCGCUUAAGCUCACCUCAGCCCAACCUUGAUUAAAGAAAUCCCCUUUUAUCCGCACUCAAAACUCGCCUCCAAGCACUUUUGUUUGUUCGAGUCCACAACCAAAAACAAGGGGAAGGGGAAGGAGACCACACAUCCACAAUGGCCGCCGCCGCCGCCGCAUCCCAGGAAUUUAACGCCUUUUACCUUCAGCGAACGACCCAGGAAUUCGCCGAAGACCUCGACAAGGUCCGCGAGGCCGACGACUUCAAAGCUGACUCGGUGCCCUUCCUCGUUCACGCCCUGCAGCAGGGAACCGCGCUUUACUCGGCCCGUGACCAGGAGCGCGUUGCUAGACCUGCCGCUGUUACCCCUGCUUCUACCACAGCCGUGGCCGCGGAGGAUGAGGAUGUGGAAAUGACGGAGACAGCGACUGGGAGAAUUGAGAAGGGGGAGAAGGAGCCCACGGGCGGCAAGAAGGAGAAGAAGGACAAGACCAAAAACAGGAAGAGGACAUCCGGUUGAGUUCCACCGGGUCUCAUCAUUUGAGUCCGCGAAUCGAGGACAGGCUCCGCACCGGGAGCUUCUCAGUGCAUUCUUU